AACAUUAACUUCCGCUGAAAGUGAAUGCGUUUCCUGUUGAACACUCAGACAUAAGUGUAUGCUACAGUGUUAAAUCUGUGAGUGUUAUUGAGAUCAGUGAUCAAUUGAUAUCAGAUCGAUUAUGUCCAGUCGGGCUCUUCGUAGGUUAAAGGGUGAGCAGCGCGCGCAGGCGGCCUUGCAGGAGCUCGAGCUGUCAGAUGAAGAGCGCGUGAACAACAACAAGCAGAGGGACAACAUUACUAAUAUAUUUGAGCUGAUCGGUGAUGCAGAUGGAGGUCCAUCAGAUGAGGAGACCCAGACGGACAGAAGGUUGAGCGAGAGAACAAAUGAAGGAGCUCAACUGAAGAAAGAUAAGAUGAAGAAUGAGAAGUCCAACAAAAAGAAAAAGAAGAAGAAAAAGGCUCAAGCUGAGAAUGUAAAGGAGGUUGCUGCAGCAGGAGAUGAUAUAGAUGCUUUAUUAGAGACUUUGGAGAAGAGCAAAGGUCUGUCACAUCAAAACACAGACAGCAGUACAUCUGAAAACAGACCUCUGCUGUAUGUAGAGCACAGGAAUCUCAAUCCUGAGACUGAACUGAAGAGAUAUUUUGGUGCACGGGCUGUGCUGGGAGACCAGAGAGCAAAACAGAGGCAAAGGCAGUUUCAUCGCUGCACUUGGAUGACUGUUCCUAAAGACACGUGGCCACGAUUUAGUCGACCAGGUAUUUCAAUGAGUCUAAUCGAGUCUAGAGACGGACUUCAGCACUUCACUUUUGAACAUAACCGUGACUACCAGCAAGUCCAGUUUAAGUUUCUUGAUGCGGUUGAGUCCAUGGAUCCAAAUAACAUUGUGGUCCUCUUGCAGCUCAACCCGUAUCACAUUGAUUCACUCCUGCAGCUCUCAGAUGUGUGUCACAUGCAAGAGGAUCAAGAAACCGCCAGAGACCUGAUUGAAAAAGCUUUAUAUUGUUUUGAGUGUGCAUUCCACCCUGUGUUCAGCCUGACGUCUGGCACAUGUCGACUGAACUACUGCAGACCAGAGAACAGGGCAUUUUAUUUGGCUCUGUUCAAGCAUAUGAUGUUUCUGGAGAAGAGAGGUUGUCCUCGCACAGCCCUGGAGUACUGCAAACUGAUCCUGAGUCUGGAUCCAGAUAAUGAUCCCCUCUGUAUGCUGCUACUCAUUGACUUCCUGUAUAUACGCUGUCGCGAGUACUCCUCCCUCAUCCGGCUCUAUGAGGAAUGGGAGGUCCAUCGAAAUCUGUCCCAGCUGCCAAACUUUGCCUUUUCUGUGGCUCUUUCCCACUAUCAUCUGAGCCAACAGGAAGACAUUUCACCUGAGAACAGCCAACAGCUACGACAGAAAUCUGAUGUACUUCUGCAAAAUGCUCUUAUCAUGUUUCCUGGAGCACUGAUGCCCCUUUUGGACCUGUGCAUGGUUCAGCCUGACGCUGCAGUGUCCUCUCAUGCGUUCUUUGGUCCUAAAAGCCAAAUUGGGCAGGCACCUGCUCUGUCAGAGUUAGUGUCUCUGUGUGUGGGCCGCUGUCACAGUCUGUGGAAAGAAGCCGGAGUAAUCCUUUGGUUGGAGGAGAAUGUCAGGAAGGUGUUGAAGAGAGUCGACACACAUGAUCCUUAUGUGGAGGACUGCCAAGACAAGAGGAAACAGAGAUACCGGAUUGCUCCCAGAAACAUCCAUAGGCAUGUGAUGAUAUCUGAAAUCAAGGAAGCCACAGCUACUCUUCCUCUAGAAGUGACCACACAGCCAGGAAUGGGUUUUGAUCCGCUUCCUCCACUUGACUCCAUUGUGUCUUACACCAGGCCAGAAAGGCAAAAUGCUGGAGCCGCAAAUGAAAGCACAUUAUCUCUGUUCUUCCGUUCACUGCUGCCAAACUUUAACUUACAGAGGAAUGAAGAGGGACAGGAAGUUGCUCGUGCUGGCCGGGAAUUAAACCAGGAAGUGAAUCGACUGAUGGUGGCCAUGCGGGACAUGUUGGCAAACAUUCAGUUUCAUGAACCACAGGGGGAGGACAAUCCUGACAGAGAUGAUGAGGAAUGGGACUGUGAGGAUUAAAUAAAGAAAUCAUUGAUAUUGUAGAUGAUAAGAGGAAUUGCCUGUUUAUGAAAUGGUUUUCUUGUGCUAAAAGAUUAAAUUGUUUAUUUCC